AUGCUGCGGGUGAGGGGGGCAGGACCAAGCUCACGACGGGAAGCAGUGGGAACAAGACGUCGAGAGUCGAACGGCUCCAGUAGUGGCUAAGUGAUUCUGGGGAGGUCGAAGUGUUAAGACACCAGACUAGGAAGCAGGAAAUCAUGAAUUCUGGAAAUCUGAAGAUGCCCGGCAAAAGGAUGCUUACUCCAUCACCUGUCUUCCAGGCUCACACCUUGAUGAUAUCCCAGAGUUCCCCUUUGAUUGAAAGAAGUCUUUUGGGGAAUUAAGCAACAACCUUGGUGGUGCAGCAGACUAAAGUGCUGUUAAGUAGCACCAGCUGCCUGCAAUUACUGCAAGUUCAAAUCUCACCAGACUCAAGGUUGACUCAGCCUUCCAUCCUUCCGAGAGUCAGCUGCCAAGAUGGCACAGUGGAACCAAUUGCAGCAAUUGGACACAAGAUACUUGGAGCAGCUCCACCAGCUUUACAGUGACAGCUUUCCAAUGGAACUUCGGCAGUUCCUUGCACCUUGGAUAGAGAGCCAGGAUUGGGCUUAUGCUGCCAGCAAAGAGUCCCAUGCUACUUUGGUAUUUCACAAUCUUCUGGGUGAAAUUGACCAGCAGUACAGUCGCUUCCUACAAGAAUCCAAUGUUCUCUAUCAGCAUAAUCUACGCCGGAUCAAACAGUUCCUACAGAGCAGGUAUCUGGAGAAACCCAUGGAGAUUGCCCGCAUUGUGGCCCGUUGUCUCUGGGAGGAGAACCGACUGCUACAGACAGCAGCAACAGCAGCACAGCAAGGUGGACAGGCAAACCACCCUACAGCUGCUGUAGUGACGGAGAAACAGCAGAUGCUGGAACAACACUUGCAAGAUGUUAGAAAGCGCGUCCAGGAUCUGGAGCAGAAGAUGAAAGUGGUGGAGAACCUGCAGGAUGACUUUGAUUUUAAUUAUAAGACUUUGAAGAGUCAAGGUGAUAUGCAAGAUCUCAAUGGAAACAACCAGUCAGUGACACGCCAGAAGAUGCAACAGCUGGAGCAAAUGCUAACUGCACUGGAUCAAAUGCGAAGGGGGAUUGUGAGUGAACUGGCUGGGCUAUUAUCUGCCAUGGAAUAUGUGCAGAAAACAUUAGUGGAUGAGGAACUGGCUGACUGGAAGCGGAGACAACAAAUUGCAUGUAUUGGUGGACCACCCAACAUCUGCCUAGAUCGUCUGGAGAACUGGAUAACAUCCUUGGCUGAGUCACAACUUCAGACACGUCAGCAGAUUAAGAAACUUGAGGAGCUGCAGCAGAAGGUCUCCUACAAGGGGGACCCAAUUGUUCAACACCGGCCAUUGCUGGAAGAGCGCAUUGUGGAAUUAUUCAGGAAUCUCAUGAAGAGUGCUUUUGUAGUAGAGCGGCAGCCCUGUAUGCCAAUGCAUCCAGACCGUCCACUUGUUAUCAAAACUGGAGUACAAUUUACAACAAAAGUACGGUUACUGGUUAAGUUUCCCGAGCUGAAUUAUCAGCUGAAAAUCAAAGUUUGCAUUGACAAGGAUUCUGGUGAAGUGGCUGCCCUCCGGGGAUCCCGGAAGUUUAAUAUCUUGGGAACAAAUACUAAGGUGAUGAACAUGGAGGAGUCCAACAAUGGAAGCCUUUCUGCAGAAUUCAAGCAUUUGACACUGAGAGAGCAGAGAUGUGGCAAUGGUGGAAGAGCCAAUUGUGAUGCCUCUCUCAUUGUCACAGAAGAACUCCAUCUUAUUACAUUUGAGACAGAAGUUUACCACCAAGGUUUGAAAAUUGACCUGGAGACCCAUUCACUUCCAGUAGUGGUGAUCUCCAACAUUUGCCAGAUGCCAAAUGCAUGGGCAUCAAUUUUAUGGUACAACAUGCUGACAAACAAUCCCAAGAACGUGAACUUUUUCACCAAGCCACCCAUUGGCACAUGGGAUCAAGUUGCUGAGGUGCUCAGCUGGCAGUUCUCCUCAACCACCAAACGGGGACUCAGCAUAGAACAGUUGACGACUCUUGCUGAAAAGCUACUUGGACCUGGUGUCAAUUACUCUGGAUGCCAAAUAACAUGGGCCAAAUUCUGCAAGGAGAACAUGGCAGGAAAAGGCUUUUCAUUCUGGGUCUGGCUGGACAAUAUAAUUGACCUGGUGAAGAAGUACAUCUUGGCACUUUGGAAUGAAGGAUAUAUCAUGGGCUUCAUCAGCAAAGAGAGGGAAAGAGCCAUCCUGAGCACAAAGCCUCCUGGAACCUUUUUGUUGCGUUUCAGUGAAAGCAGUAAGGAAGGUGGAAUCACUUUCACAUGGGUGGAGAAGGAUAUUAGUGGAAAAACACAAAUUCAGUCAGUGGAGCCAUACACCAAGCAACAACUCAAUAACAUGUCAUUUGCUGAGAUUAUUAUGGGUUACAAGAUCAUGGAUGCCACCAACAUCCUGGUUUCCCCACUUGUUUAUUUGUACCCUGAUAUUCCUAAGGAAGAGGCCUUUGGAAAAUACUGCCGUCCAGAGAGCCAGGAGCAUCCUGAAGCCACUGACCCAGGUAGCGCUGCUCCGUAUCUGAAGACUAAGUUCAUUUGUGUAACCCCAACAACCUGCAGUAGCACUAUUGAACUACCCAUGUCUCCCCGCACACUUGAAUCCCUGAUCCAUUUUGGCAGUAAUGGUGAAGGAGCUGAUGGAAAUGCCAGCGGACAGUUUGAGUCCUUGCAGGUGUUUGACAUGGAGAUGACUGCUGAAUGUGCCAAUUCACCCAUGUGAUCACCUUUUGUAAACAGCUGACCAUUUUUGGCUUCCUGGCAUCAAACAUUUACUCUCCUUACAGCAUCAUAAAGCUCAGACAUCUCAGCUCUGCCUCAACAGGAGACAUUUGAUUGAGGGUCCUCCUUUAAGUGCACCACUGCUGGAGCUUGCCUGAUCUCAAGACAGUUGGAGGGAAGAAAUUCUGUUUAACUUUAGCUGUUUUUUUCCACUGCAAUAUUUUCCAUUUUGUAUACUGGUUAUUAAUGUAGGGAGUGAAGAUUUUGUUCCAGUGUUUAACUAGACCAAGUGUUCCUCCUCAACAGUGCUUUUUGGUCUUCUGCGCAUUUUUACUGCAUGGCACAAAAAGCUAUUUCUGUAAUGCUACUCUCUUAAGUGUUCUAUCCAGAAAUAAAGCAGUUGAAAUUGACAGGCAGGAGUCUGUUCAAGUAGCCCAGGGAGAGGAAAGGAUAUAGGAAAAAACACUUCUUAGAAAUGAGAGUGUGUUUUUUUCCUUUUCCCAAACAAUGUAUUUUCUGUUCCUUGCUUUUGAACCCUUCUGUGGUGAUCAAUAUACUUUAAUAGAACAGUCCUUCAAGGUAAGGGCUAGAAAAAUAGCCAAUAGUAUCGUUACUUGGGCAUCUUGAGCUUUGAGGCUCCUAUUAAAGACUAGAACAUUCCAAGUACAUAGACUGCUAAUUAACUCAAGAUUGCAGCAUAAACUCCAGUGGAAACAAUAUUUGAACUCCAGUCAUUCAACUGAAAAGUCAGUUCUCUCUCCACUUCCUUUCACCCAAAACUUCUAAUCAUGGGGAAAAAAUUUAUUGUCUACAGAUUUAAGUCAUUGGAUUGAGAUAAUGGGACAAAGGUGAACUGAUAGUUCAGUGUUAGGUUCCAUCACAAAUUUGUUGUCAGCAUGUGGUUUGUUACUUUUAUUAUUAUUUAUUGCCCUAUUAUUAUUUACAUUGCCCUAAAAGGACCUAGGAUAGCAUUCAUCCUUAAAGAGAAAGGGUGGGUUUUCCCUCCAGCAAAAUUAAGAGGUGAAUCCUGCUGCUGAAUAGUGACUGGCACAUAAUCAUCCAAAUUUUAUGACUGAGUGGAAUUUAAAUCAAGUCUACAGGACAGAUGUCCAAUGUUUUAGUCUCUGUGCCCUAUUUCAAAUACUAUAGUAGUAACCGACAACAGGUAUUUAAAGUAGUUAAAAGAGAUGGUUAUUGGUAUUUUUUCUCUCCUUCCAUAAGCUAUAUUGUUUAAAACUAUCCCUUUAAAAGUCAAUAUUUUAACAUUCGAACUGUUUGUUGCUCAUUCAUUUCUGUCAGCAUUAUUGGUCCUCUCCUUGUGGCCCCCUUUUCAUGUGGCUUUUUUUUAAUUUAGCCCCAGCUGGAGCCAAUGUUACUUAGUUACUGCUUGGCUAUUAUAGUUUCUUUUCUUUUGUACAACCUCUUAAAAUACUUUUAAAAGGCUCUGACGAUCCCAGCUGACUUGCCUAAUUGGCAGAGGCUUUUCUUUUUUAAAAAAAAAACCUCUGGCAAUCCCAGAUGAUUUGCCUGAUCGGCAGAGGCUUUUCUUUUUUUUAAAGCCUCUGACGAUCCCAACUGACUGAUUUGCGUGAUCAGCAGAGGCUUUGUUUUUACUUUUAAAAGCAUUUUUUCAGCUGGAGAGGUUGUAGAAAAAAUGCUUUUAAAAAUAAAUAAAAAAAGCCUCUGAUGAUUGCGUGGCUCAGCUGGGCAUGGGGGUGGGGAGGGAUUUUUGCUACUGGUUCUCUGAACCACUCACCGCCAUCGCUACCAGAUCGGGCAAUUCUAAUGCUGAAGACCCCACUCUAAUCUCACUGUGGUUCAGUGGAGUUGAAAAGUGGUGAUAGAAGAAGAUGAUGAAAGAAGUUUGUUUCCAGUCAUUAGAACAACCAUUUUUGAAAACUGAUGCUUUCCAGAUGUGCUGGACUUCAACUUUCUGGUUCAAGGUGGUGGAGUUCAAGUGAUCUGGAAAGCAUUAAUUUAAGGAAGACUGAUUCAGAGACAUUGAUUUGCAACAUUUAUACAGAAAAUUGAAUCAUUGAUUGCUUUGUGAUCUGCUGAAUAAGCUACUAUGACUGUGGAAGCCAAAUCCAAAUAUAAUUAGUGUGGUGUUUGAACUCAGCUACUUGCUAGAUAAAGAGACAGAAAAUUUUCUAGUCCAAGCUGUAUUUUUUCCCAUUUUUUCCCUGGUUAGGCAACCUGCAGCUGUGUUAAUAACCACAGUCUGGAUAAUGAGAGUUAUAAUCCUGCCUAGUUUUCUUCUCCACUUCGCAGCCAUAACAGUCUUUUAGGAAGAGAAAUAAUGAUCUCCAGUCAUGCUAAACUAGAAUUGUUCCAGUGCUAAGCUGCUGUUGUCUUUCCUAAUCAAGUUGUUUUUGUGCCAUUUAUUUCCCUUCUCAAAUUAUUCAAUGUUUCCUUUUUCUUUUCUUUCUUUUUUUUUUUUCUUUUUCUUUUUUUUUUUUUUUGCUGUAGCAAGUUGCUCUUGAAGAACAUAGCCAUUUUAAUUUCUUUGUAUAUUUUAUUGCUGGUUCUACAAGCUUCAGCUUUCUGAUAAAUAAAUUCUGCUACUUUA